AUGUAUGACCUUUUAAAUCUCAAGUAUAAAGAUUGUGCAACAACAUAUUCUCAAUCCUUUACAAACGGUGUUACUCCAACGACUCAAUGUACUGCAUGGAUUACAUUUGCAGCUGGUUUGACUUGUACUAGUUAUUCAAGUUUACGCAUAUACGGAUCUAAUGAUCCAACUGGGAUAACAAUAACUGAUUCAUACGUUGCUACAGCUAUCGCGGUGGCAUUACGUGCUAAUACAACGUACAGUGCUACAGCGAAUGGAUAUACAUGGAUAGUUGGUGCAUGUGGUGGUAAUGAAAUAACUGCAACAGGAACUUUAUGCACAUGUAAUACGGGUUAUACUCUAAGACCAUGUUUUAGUGGUUCUAAUUGGGGUGGUAUUAUGGGUACAACUUGUGGUGCAGCGACACAAACAUUAUCACUUGAUUUUUCAUGA